CAAAGUUGGGAGGCGAGGACUGGGCGGAGGGGCCGCGGAGCCGGGCUGGGGCCGCGCCGAGAGGGGGAGGAGAAUGGGGGGCGGGCGCAAAGGACGGCGGAGCCGGCCGGACACCGACAGCCCAGCGGCUCCCUCCCUCUGCUUAUCUCCGCAUCCUCACUUCCCUCGGCCCCUCGCUCCCAGCAGCAUCCUCUGCAGACCCUCGGUCCACACUCCCGGGGUCGCCCCCCUCCGGCAGCCCCGUGGCAUUCCCUCCCCCUCACCGGACUGCCCGGGAACUUUUUCCACCAGUGCCCGGGACUGGGGGGCUGCUUCACCUGGGCGGGGUUGUCUCGGGCUCCUUGAGAGGCAAUCUCCAGAGAAGGACGUCAGGGUCCCGAGCAGACCUCCGCCCCCCGCAGCCUGUGCCCAGCCGUCCGUCCGUCUGGUGUCUGCAGCCUCUCUUCCCCUGUCCCCCAACCAUGACCGAAAUGAGCGAGAAAGAGAACGAACCGGAUGACGCGGCCACCCACAGCCCCCCAGGGACCGUCUCUGUCCUUCAGGAAACCAAGCUUCAGCGGUUCAAGCGCACGCUUUCCCUCAAGACCAUCCUACGAAGUAAGAGUGUGGAGAACUUCUUCCUACGCUCCGGCUCUGAGCUCAAGUGCCCCACUGAGGUGCUGCUGACACCCCCAACCCCACUCCCCCCUCCAUCCCCACCACCAGCAUCUACAGAGAGGGGCCUGCCCACCCACACCCCCUCUCCAUGUCCAAUCCCACGUCCCCUGGCACCACUCAAACCAGUGAGGCUGCACAGCUUCCAGGAAUACGUCUUCAAGCGAGCCAGUCCCUGUGAGCUGUGCCACCAGCUCAUUGUGGGAAACUCCAAGCAGGGCUUGCGUUGUAAGACAUGCAAAGUCAGUGUCCACCUCUGGUGCUCCGAGGAGAUCUCUCAUCAACAGUGCCCCAGCAAGACGUCCAUCUCCUUCCGCCGCAACUUCAGCUCCCCACUCCUGGUGCAUGAGCCACCUCCAACCUGUCCCCCAAUCAAGGAGUCCCCACCCACUGGGACCGGUGGGAAAGUGGACCCCGUCUAUGAAACCCUGCGCUAUGGCACCUCCUUGGCACUGAUGAACCGCUCCAGCUUCAGCAGCACCUCUGAGUCCCCUACGUUGAGCCUGAGCGAGCGGGAUGAGCUAGCAGAGGAUGGAGAAGGCAGCAUCCGCAGCUCAGAGGAGGGCCCUGGCGACAGUGUAUUCACAGCCCCAACCGAGAGUGAGGGGUCAGGAACAGAGGACAAGAGCCCUGGACAGCCGCUCCCCAAGCCUCCCCUGCGGAAGGAUGUGGGACCCAUGUACUCCUAUGUGGCUCUCUACAAGUUUCUGCCCCAGGAGAACAAUGACCUGGCUCUGCAGCCUGGAGACCGGAUCAUGCUGGUGGAUGACUCCAAUGAGGACUGGUGGAAGGGCAAGAUUGGUGACCGGGUUGGCUUCUUCCCUGCCAAUUUUGUACAGCGGGUGAGGCCAGGUGAGAAUGUUUGGCGCUGCUGCCAACCCUUUGCUGGGAACAAGGAGCAGGGCUAUAUGAGCCUUAAGGAGAACCAGAUCUGUGUCGGCGUGGGCAAGAGCAAGGAUGCUGACGGCUUCAUCCGAGUCAGCAGUGGCAAGAAGCGGGGCCUGGUGCCAGCCAAUGCCCUGAGCGAGAUAUGAGAGGAGCCAAGAGAGUCCAGAUGCCACUCCUACCCUCUCCUGGCCCUCACUUCUGGCCCUGGGAGGGAGCAGACCUCUGCCCAUAUUCUUUUACCCUCUGCCUCUCACCACGGCUUCAGAGCCUUCUGCACAAAGGAAGAGUUUAGUUCUUGGGUGGGGUUCCCAGAGGGAUUGGGAGUGGGAUAGGAGGAGGAAGUGGGAGGGAAUGGGGAGAGCUCUGGGAGGAGGAUCUAAGGCCCCCCAGUCCAAUUGCUAUGCUCAGACAGCCCAAGGGGGCCAUUCCUGGGAACUUUCCUGCUGCUGCUUCUGAAGCACUUUCUGGCGGUGACACAGCCUUUGCAUGUCUCUCCUCCCCCACCGAGCCUCUGCUUGGGUCUAUGUAUGUGUGACCCCACGGCUGCCCUUUUGGACAUGGGGGGUUGGAAGGGGCUUUGGGGCUGGAAGUGACCCCAAGUGUACUUUCUGGUCCCACCUGCCCCCUCCCUCAAUUCUCAGGAAAGUUCUGUGGGAAUCUCUCUCAUUACUUGAAAUCUGGGCAGAUGGAGGGCUGAGGUCCAGGGAAGGUGUGGAAAAUCAGAGACUGUUCUCUCAAAGAGAACAGUCACCCUGGCUUCACCCCACCCUUGUCUACGGGAAAAAGCUCCCCAAGAAUAGCCCAGCUUUGUUUUUAACUGUUACUAUAAGGACUGGUCCCUUGGUCACAGUGCCCCACAGCACCACUGUGAGGACUCUGGAAGCCCCUUGGUGGCUGGGGAGCCAGGGCUUCGAAGUUCCUGCCCAGCCCCUCCUCCCCCACACCACCCCAGUCCUGCCCUCCAGCGGCUGGCUCUUCCUCACCCUGUGCUGUCGCAGGGGCCUCUCUCUGCUGGCUGUGUCAGCACCUUCGUCCUGCCCAUGGAGCCCUGGGAGGAAGAGAGCAGGAGGUGGAUAAGGGAAGUGGAAUUCUGUUUGGUCACCGGGAGAGGAAGGAUGGUGGCACUCCAAAAGGGGGUAGGAUGGGCACACACAAAGAAGACCUCUCUGCUGCAGGUUGCUCUCUUUGGUGCCAACCUCUCUCUUCCCCCAGGGAUCCCUCUUGUGCCCUUGAUCAUGACAGCCAAUGCCACCCCCAUCCUGGGCACAGCCAUACCCUCUCUUGUAGUGGGAGGGACAACUUCCUUCCCACUGACCUCUGCCCACUCCUCCCACAUUGGGGGAGAAGCCACACUGCCCUGUUUGCUGCCACAAGGUCCCCCCAGCAGUAUCCUAGGGGCGGGCCCAAUGCCCACUGUACAUAAGGCUGCAUGAUGGGUCUGCUGGGGCAUUGCUGAGCCCCCAGGCCCCAAAUUAAAUGUUUCUUGUCCCAAA